AUGGAUUCCAUGGCUUUGAGCGUCUCUCUGUGGUCCGUGGAUGGGGGCCCGCCGGAUGAUGCCAUCAACAUCCACUCCUCGUCUGAUGCCGUCACCGGUCGCACAGGUGUCAGAGGUACCGUUCUGGACCAGACCUUGGGCCACGUCUUGCAAAGAUAG